AUGUUUAAAAAUACCUAUCAAAGCGGAUUAUUAUCAAUAUUUUAUAGCUGUGGUUCUGAUCCUUUAGCAAUUUGGGAUACAGAGGUGCAGAAUGGUCACAUAAAGCGUCUUACGGAUAAUGAGGUCAAUUCUAUAGUUUUGGAAAUAGUUAGCACAAAUGUUGCAACUACGUAUAUUUCAUGUCCAAAGAAAAAUCAAGUUCUUGGAAUACGACUUCCAUUCCUUGUAAUGAUUGUAAAAAAUUUAAAAAGGUAUUUUUCAUUUGAAAUAACAAUAUUAGACGACAAAAAUAUGAGAAGACGAUUCAGAAUUUCUAAUUUCCAAUCAACAACAAAGAUUAAGCCUUUUUGUACAAGUAUGCCAAUAGGAUUAUCUGGCGGUUGGAAUCAAAUUCAAUUUAAUUUAGCGGAUUUUACAAGGCGAGCUUAUGGAAGUCAAUUUAUAGAAACACUUCGGGUACAAGUUCACGCUAACGCUCGUUUGAGGAGGAUCUACUUUAGCGAAAAACUUUACACCGAAGAAGAAUUACCUCAGGAUUAUAAAUUAUACUUGCCAUUGGACAGAAAACAAAGGAAAACUAAGACGGAAAAGAAAGAGGAGAAAGUAGAAACAAAGGCAGCAAAACCCGAGACAGAAGGAGAGCAACCCUCGAAACCUGUUGAGGUACAGAGUAAAGUAAGCGCAAUGACGGCUACACCAACAACAACAGAAGCCGGAGAUGAAAAAUCUGAGGCUGCUGAGCAACCGUCAGAAGUAGUUGAGGAAGUAGCCCCUGAGCAAAAGGAAGAAGAGCAACCAGAAGCACCGCCCGAAGAAGCAGCUGAUGAAGCGGCUGAACCAACAGCAGACGAGCUCGAAGAACCAACAGAAGAAGCAGAGGGUUGA